AUGGUAAAGAGGACUCCUGGACAUGGGAGGAGAUCCUGGACGGAAAGGGACCCUGGACGCAGGCCGGGGAGUGUCGCCAUCCGAGGGAGGAGUUGGAGGCAGCUAAGGCGGAGCGGCUGCGAUAUGGGGAGACAAGUCAGCGAAGCAGGCACGAGAGGCAGCCCCCCCCCAAAAAACUUGGGGGGGACACAUGGGGAGAUUGGCGGAGUCGGAGAAUCAAUUGAUGCCAUCCUUUCAAACACAGAGAAUACAGAGGCAUUCCUGAAACGCAGGAAAGUUCAACGUGACUUCAUAUUCAAAUACCUGACGGAGGACGAGGGGGUUGUGAUACCCAAAAACAUCAACAAAGACCAGCUAGUGAAGAAGGCCCUUGACGUCUGGACUAUUGAGAAGGUGAGUCCACAAGCGUAUGAAGAUGUCUCCUUCAGUGCUUUAACAAGAGCAGCAGGUUCUCAGAUAGGAAUGAGGUUUCCAACAGCACAUGUCCCCCCUCAACCUGUCUACUCUAAGCCGCACGACACAUCCCAGGCGACAUACAGUGCUGGCUUUGACCACCUGGCCUUGGCCAGACAGUUUUGUCAGUGGUUCUUCCAGCUUCUCAACAGUCUGAACCCCCCACUGCGUCAGCCUCCUCAGGAGUGGGGACCACAACACUUCUGGGAGGAUGUGAGGCUACGUCUUCUCUCUAGCGCCGGAGAGCAGUAUACAGAAGAGUACGAAGGAGCAGCAAUGACCAGCCUGCGUCUCCUGGCCCUGGCGAGGGACGAGAGGCUGCUAUUGAGCCCCAACCUGGAGCCUGGUGGUCUGAAGGCCCUGUCCUCCCCCCACGGCCUGGUGCUGGUGGCUGUGGCAGGGACCAUCCACAGAGACAGAGAAUGUGUCGGCAUUUAUGAGCAGGCGUUUGGCCUCAUACGCUCCCCACUGGACCAGAACAAAUGGAAGAUCAAGUUCAUGGUCUUGAAGGUGAGGGGCCAGGAGGCUCUCAGGGUGGGAGAGAACCUGCUGUCUCCAAUAUUAACAUGGGAUUCCAACGACCUGCAGCUCCUCUGUAGAUGA